UGACAUGGAUUAGCCAAUUUUUCCUCCUCAGAUCCGGCUCCCGUCUCUCUUCCCUCUGCUCUUGUCUCUCUCUAAACCCUAAACCCUUUGUAUCUCUCUAUCUUGGAUCCAAGCCAGACUGGACACACAAUUGAAGUGAUUUAGGGUUUUAAGGAUUUCCACAACCAAUAUUUGCAGCGAUGGAGGUUGAUAUGGAGACUUCUCCCAGCCACUUCGACCCCGAAGAUCUCAGCACCAGAGAGCGCUAUCGUCGUUAUGGGAAAAGGCACUCAACUUCCAGUCACGACAAUUCAGUUUCUAAGUUCAGUGGAACCGGGAUUUUGUAUGAUGGGCAGAACAUUGAAAGGCGGCCAAACGCUGCACUUUUUCUUGAAGAUAUCAAACAAGAGGUUGAGAGCUAUGAUUCUGAUCAAUUAGAAGGAACACCUGCAAAGACACAAUCUGCUUUGUGGAGAAAAUCAUUGGCUGGCAGUCCUGGUGUAUCUGAGGCAGAUGCUGUUGCUGAUUCGAUAUGUCGACCUGGAAGUUAUUCAUUAAAAUCUUGCAAGCAUGAGGAUGAUGCAUUGUCAGAUGGUGGAUAUACAACUUUUACUUUAUCUGCUUCUCUACUUGAUUCUGCUCUCCAAGGGUUGAUGCCUAUCCCUAAUCUGAUAUUGCAAUUUGAGAGAUCUUGCCGCAAUGUAUCAGAGUCAAUAAGGUAUGGAUCCAAUGAAAGACAUAGAAUUGUGGAGGACAAGUUGAUGAGGCAGAAGGCUCGACUCUUACUUGAUGAGGCUGCUUCUUGGUCUCUUUUGUGGUACCUAUAUGGGAAAGGAAAUGAAGAACUUCCAGAAGAUCUGAUGCUGUCACCUACAACUUCGCAUUUGGAGGCUUGCCAGUUUGUUGUCGCAGAUCAUACAGCACAAUUAGGCCUCCGGAUUGUUCAGUGGCUUGAAGGAUUAGCCUCCAAAGUGCUUGAUUUGGAUAAUGAGGUGAGAGGUUCUCAUGUUGGUACUUAUCUCCCUAGCUCUGGGGUCUGGCAUCAUACCCAACGUGCUCUAAAGAAAGGUGUCUCAAAACCAAAAACUGUUCAUCACUUGGAUUUUGAUGCUCCAACGCGUGAACAUGCUGAACAACUACCCAAUGAUAAGAAACAAGAUGAAUCUCUUCUGGAGGAUGUCUGGACUUUGUUAAGGGCUGGCAGACUAGAGGAGGCAUGUGAUCUUUGCCGGUCUGCUGGACAGGCAUGGAGAGCUGCAACUCUAUGCCCAUUUGGAGGGUUGGACCCAUGUCCAUCAGUUGAAGCCCUGGUAAAAAAUGGAAAGAAUAGAACUCUACAAGCUAUUGAACUUGAAAGUGGCAUUGGUCACCAAUGGCGCCUUUGGAAAUGGGCUACCUAUUGUGUAUCAGAGAGAAUUGCAGAGCAAGAUGGUGGGAAAUAUGAAACAGCAAUAUAUGCAGCCCAGUGUAGUAACUUGAAGCGUAUUCUUCCUAUUUGUACAGACUGGGAGUCAGCAUGUUGGGCGAUGGCCAAGUCAUGGCUUGAUGUUCAGGUGGAUCUUGAACUAGCCCGCUUGCAACCUGGUGGAAUGGAUCAAUUUAAAACUUAUGAAGAUGCAAUUGACAGAAGUCAUGGACAAGGAGACAAUGUUUCUCCAUCUACAGUUGGGCCAGAAAAUUGGCCACUACAAGUUCUGAAUCAGCAACCCCGGCAUCUGCCUGCGCUUCUUCAGAAACUCCAUUCAAGUGACUCAGUACAUGAAGCUAUUACUCAAGAAUGCAAGGAGCAGCACCGGCAAAUUGAAGUAAGAGCAUCUUCUUAGCAGAAGACUUUAGCAUACCUGAAUAUUCAAAUGCCACUUCUUUAUACGAAUUGGUUUUGAGCUCUAAAAUGAUGUCUCACGGGCCACCUGUUCCAUUAUAAAUAAGGGUGGUUAUGACUUAUUGGAAAUGAUGUCUUGUUGACAGUUAACUUGUUUGAUGGACUGCCUAAAAAGGGAUUGUGUUACAGUAAUGUAAGGAUCAACCCACCUAUUUGCUGGUUUCAAUCAUCAAAGUUUAUUUUAGGUUGUGUUUGGAU